UUGGGACUGGGACGGAGGAGGGGGAUAAGGCCCGGCUCCUCGCCCUUUUCCCAGGCGCCUGCGCACUGGGCGGCCGCUCUUUGCCGUUACCGCUAUGUGUAGGGCGUGUGUGGAAUAACGUUAUUGCCCAGCGGAGCUGAGGGUUCCGGGAGCGCGGCCGCGUCGGCGGCGACGACGAUCCCAGCGGCGACUACGACAGCGGGGUGGCGGUGGGGGAUGACGGCGUGCUAGGGACUCGCGGGACGUGACGCGCCCCGCCCCCCCCGUCCUGCUCCCUCUCAGCCGUGAGGGGAUGAUGUAACUUUGCCAAAGACUUAGAAGCGAAGCAGAAAAUGAGCUUAACAUCUUGGUUUUUGGUGAGCAGUGGAGGCACUCGCCACAGGCUGCCACGAGAAAUGAUUUUUGUUGGAAGAGAUGACUGUGAGCUCAUGUUGCAGUCUCGUAGUGUGGAUAAGCAACAUGCUGUAAUCAAUUAUGAUGCCUCUACAGAUGAACAUUUGGUGAAAGAUUUGGGCAGUUUAAAUGGGACUUUUGUGAAUGAUGUAAGGAUCCCAGAACAGACUUAUAUAACAUUGAAACUUGAAGAUAAGCUGAGAUUUGGAUAUGAUACAAAUCUUUUUACUGUAGUUCGAGGAGAAAUGAGAGUCCCUGAAGAAGCUCUAAAGCAUGAGAAGUUUACCAUCCAACUGCAGCUGUCCCAAAAAUCUUCAGAAUCAGAACUAGCAAAAUCUGCAUGUGCCAAAAGCAUAGAUUCAAAGAUAGUCGAUACGACAACAGAAGUGCCGCACAAAGCUACUGAAUCGCUGAAAUCUGAGGAAAAAAGUAUGGAUGUUUCUGCAGUGCCUCGUGGUACACCUUUAUAUGGGCAGCCAUCAUGGUGGGGGGAUGAUGAAGUUGAUGACCAACGAGCUUUCAAGUCAAAUGGGAAAUAUGAAGGAAAAAAUCAUGAAACUGGAACAUCAGGAUGCAGCAUAGAUGCCAAGCAAGCUGAGGAACAGUCUGCAGCUACAAAUGAAGAAGUACUUUUUCCUUUCUGUAGGGAACCAAGUUAUUUUGAAAUCCCUACAAAAGAAUUUCAGCAACCAUCACAAAUAACAGAGAGCACUAUUCAUGAAAUCCCAACAAAAGACACACCAAGUUCACAUACAACAGGUGCAGGGCAUGCUUCAUUUACCAUUGAAUUUGAUGAUAGUACCCCAGGGAAGGUAACUAUUAGAGACCAUGUGACAAAAUUUACUUCUGAUCAGCGCCACAAGUCAAAGAAGUCUUCUGGAACUCAAGACCUGCCAGGGAUUCAAACAGGAAUGAUGGCACCAGAAAACAAAGUAGCUGACUGGCUAGCACAGAACAACCCUCCUCAAAUGGUAUGGGAAAGAACAGAAGAGGAUUCCAAAAGUAUUAAAAGUGAUGUUCCAGUUUACUUGAAAAGGUUGAAAGGAAAUAAACAUGACGACGGUACACAGAGUGAUUCAGAAAAUGCUGGGACUCACAGGCGCUGUAGCAAACGUGCAACUCUUGAGGAACACUUAAGACGUCACCAUUCAGAACAGAAAAAGCUUCACAAGGUCCAGGCUGCUGAAAGACAUCAAGACCAAGCUGUUACUAGCUCUGCGCAUCACAGAGGGGGGCAUGGUGUUCCACAUGGGAAAUUGCUAAAACAGAAAUCAGAGGAGCCAUCGGUGUCAAUUCCCUUCCUACAAACUGCAUUAUUAAGAAGUUCAGGGAGUCUUGGGCACAGACCAAGCCAGGAGAUGGAUAAAAUGUUAAAAAAUCAAGCUACUUCUGCUACUUCUGAAAAGGAUAAUGAUGAUGACCAAAGUGACAAGGGUACUUAUACCAUUGAGUUAGAGAAUCCCAACAGUGAGGAAGUGGAAGCAAGAAAAAUGAUUGACAAGGUAUUUGGAGUAGAUGACAAUCAGGAUUAUAAUAGACCUAUUAUCAAUGAAAAACAUAAAGAUCUGAUAAAAGAUUGGACUCUCAAUUCUGCUACAGAAGGAAUGGAAGGAAGAAAAUCACUGACUAUAUCUGGAUUUCACAGUUUAGAGGAAGGUACAUCUUCAUCUGGAAACAAACGUUGGGUUUCACAGUGGGCUAGUUUGGCUGCUAAUCACACAAAGCAUGAUCAAGAAGAAAGGAUAAUGGAAUUGUCUGUAACCGUUCCCUUAGAGAAUGAUGCAGAUAUCAGUGAAUCUGGCAUUUCAGUGAGAAGUACUGGCUCAACAACUUCUCUGGCUAGUCAGAGUGAGAGAAGGAGGAGAACCCUUCCCCAGCUUCCAAAUGAAGAAAAAUCUCUUGAGAGCUUCAGAGCAAAGGUUCUUACACAGAGGUCAGAGAUAGGAGAAAAACAGGAUACAGAACUUCAGGAGAAAGAAGCACCUACACAGGCAUACCAAAAAGAGACCCAAGAUGCUGACAGAUCACUGAAUAAAGUGAACAGGGCAGUGAAUGGUGAGGCUUCCAAAACUGGAGUAGAUAAUAAAACCCAGCUUAAUUUAGGCAGUUCUGAAAAGGAGAAAAAUGACACUGAUAAGGAAGCUUCUUUGGUAAAGCAAGCAUUAACUAAACUUCAGCAAGAACAGAAGGAGCAAGCGCAAUGGACACCUACUAAAUUAUCUUCUUCAAAAAAUAUUGCAGGUCAGAUAGAUAAAUGUAGGGAGGAAUCUUUUAAACAAGAGUCACAACCACAAGAAAAAACUUCAGGACAUUCAACAAGUAAAGGAGAAAGGGUAAUACAAAAUGAGAGCAAGCGAAGAAAAGCUGAGGAAAUUCUGAAAAGUCAAACUUCCAAGGUAGGAGACAAGAAAGAAGCUUCCAAGUCAUUAGUGCGACAAGGAAGCUUCACCAUAGAAAAACCUAGCCCAAACAUACCCAUAGAACUUAUUCCUCAUAUAAAUAAGCAGACUUCUUCUACACCUGCUUCAUUAGCAUUAGCAUCUGCCAGCAGACUACGAGAAAGAAGUGACUCCAUGGAUACUGAUUCUAGUAUGGACACAACUCUCAUUCUAAAAGAUACUGAAGCAGUAAUGGCUUUCUUAGAAGCUAAGCUGCGUGAAGAUAAUAAAACUGAUGAAGGCCCAGAUACUCCCAGCUAUAAUAGAGACAACUCCAUUUCACCGGAAUCUGACGUGGAUACAGCUAGUACAAUUAGUCUCGUUACUGGGGAGACUGAAAGAAAGUCAACCCAAAAGCGAAAAAGUUUCACUACUCUCUAUAAAGAUAGGUGUUCCACAGGUUCUCCUUCCAAAGAUGUCACAAAAUCAUCCUCUUCAGGUGCUAGGGAGAAAAUAGAAAAGAAAACAAAAAGUCGUUCCACAGAUAUAGGGUCAAGGGCAGAUGGUCGUAAAUUUGUGCAAUCUGGUGGAAGAAUAAGACAGCCUUCAGUAGAUUUAACAGAUGAUGACCAAACCUCUAGUGUACCUCAUUCUGCUAUCUCUGAUAUUAUGUCAUCUGAUCAGGAAGCAUACUCUUCUAAAUCUCAUGGAAGAACUCCACUUACCUCAACUGAUGAGCAUGCACAUUCUAAACUGGAAGGAAGUAAAACAACUAAAUCUAAGACUUCUCCUGUAGCACCUGGUUCAUCCAGUAAAUCAACCACUCUUCCAAGGCCACGACCUACCAGGACUUCACUCUUGCGUAGAGCACGACUUGGUGAAGCUUCAGACAGUGAACUCGCUGAUGCUGACAAAGCAUCUGUUGCUUCUGAAGUCUCCACAACAAGUUCCACAUCAAAACCUCCCACAGGAAGGCGUAAUAUCUCUAGGAUUGAUUUAUUGGCUCAGCCUCGUAGAACAAGACUUGGCUCAUUAUCAGCUCGCAGUGACUCUGAAGCAACAAUCUCUAGAAGUAGUGCCUCUUCACGAAAUGCAGAAGCCAUAAUUAGAAGUGGAGCCAGAUUAGUACCUUCAGAUAAAUUUACUCCUAGGCUUAGAGCUAACAGUAUCUCUCGACUAUCAGACUCCAAGGUCAAAAGUAUGACCUCAGCACAUGGCUCUCCAGUAAAUUCAAGAUGGAGGCGCUUUCCUACUGAUUAUGCUUCCACCUCAGAAGAUGAAUUUGGAUCAAACCGUAAUUCCCCUAAACAUACUCGUCUACGUACUUCUCCAGCCCUGAAAACGACUCGAUUGCAGAGCUCUGGGUCAGCAAUGCCUACUAGUUCUUCAUUCAAGCACCGGAUAAAAGAGCAGGAAGACUACAUCCGAGAUUGGACAGCUCAUCGAGAAGAGAUAGCCAGGAUCAGCCAAGAUCUUGCACUCAUUGCUCGGGAAAUCAACGAUGUAGCAGGAGAGAUAGAUUCAGUGACUUCAUCAGGCACUGCCCCUAGUACCACAGUAAGCACUGCUGCCACCACCCCUGGCUCUGCCAUAGACACUAGAGAAGAGGUAGGAGAUCUUCAUGGAGAAAUGCAUAAGUUGGUUGAUCGUGUUUUUGAUGAAAGCCUCAACUUCCGAAAGAUCCCUCCAUUAGUUCAUUCUAAAACACCAGAAGGAAACAACUGUCACUCUAAUGAUUUAAGGCCUCAAUCAACAGAGCCUCCUGAUCACUUAACAAUUACAAGACGGAGAACAUGGAGCAGGGAUGAAGUCAUGGGAGAUAAUCUGCUGCUGUCAUCCGUUUUUCAGUUCUCUAAGAAGAUAAGACAGUCUAUAGAUAAAACAGCUGGAAAAAUCAGAAUAUUAUUUAAAGACAAAGAUCGGAAUUGGGAUGAAAUAGAAAGCAAGUUAAGAGCUGAAAGUGAAGUCCCUAUUGUGAAAACCUCAAGCAUGGAGAUUUCUUCUAUCUUACAAGAGCUGAAAAGAGUUGAAAAGCAGCUACAAGCAAUCAAUGCUAUGAUUGACCCCGAUGGAACCUUGGAGGCUCUGAACAACAUGGGAUUUCCCAGUGCCAUCUUGCCAUCUCCACCAAAACAGAAAACCAGUCCUGUGAAUAACCACAGCAGCCCGGGUCAGACACCAACACUUUGCCAACCAGAAGCUAGGGGUCUUCAUCCUGCUGCUACCUCAGCCUCAGCUGAAUUUGAGAAUACCGAAUCUGAGGCUGAUUUCAGUAUACAUUUUAAUAGGUUCAACCCUGAAGGGGAAGAGGAAGAUGUUACAGUACAUGAAUGACUUUCUUUUUUGAUUGUUAGAAAAUAAUUACCUGUGGAAUAACUAGGAAUAUUGGAAGCAGCAUAGUGUUGACUUACACAAAAUAAGACAGCUUGGUCAACUACAAUCUUGUUAUCUCUGUCAUCUUAAUUUAUUUAUUUUUUACCUAUAAUGUGGUGUCAUACUAAUCCUUUUAAGCCAUUUAGAUAACCACUUAUUGCACAUAUAGGAAAAAGCAUAUUGUGGCAGUCACUUUUUGUGGUUUUUAGAUUUUCAAAUAGAAAUAUACGGUUACAUCCUUUCCCUUCAUAGAUCUUCUUUUUUCUUCUUUCUUUAAGCCACGCUGUGACCUACAAGCAAACUAAAUACCCAAUAUUUCUGACCCCCAUGUCUCCUGUGCCAAGCUGCUCCCUGAAGUGGACUUCAUCUGUACAGAUUUGUUAAACACUUAUUUGCUUCUUAACAGUAGGAUUUAUUACCAUUGGAUACAAUUGCAUAUGACUCCCCACAGUCAAACUGACCUUUCAAAACAGUCAUUCUUAUGUUAUAAAAUUUUGCAGCACAUAUUUGAUUUAUAUAACUUUGUUGCUACAUAAAUUAAAUUGUCUUGGGAUUUACAGAGAUGAACUAUUAUGUUUGCACUAACAUUUGCUGGGAGUAAGUAGGUGGACAUAUCUAUAUAUGAAUAAGGACUAACCAUCUUUUUGUACAUAGGAGAUUCAUAAUACUGUAUUUGUUUUAACUCUACAAUGUCUUACUCCACUUUCAAAAAAAGAUCAAUUUGGCACUUUUUUCAAUUUUUUUUAAUGGAAGUAAGAUUUUUGUCUCUCAUUUUAGGAUAAAUGAUAACUAGAAUGAUUAGACAGAUAGUUUAGGUGGAGUAUAUUUUUAAACCUACAAACAUGUAUAUUGGUCCUGUGUUACUGAGUUUAUAUGUGACAGUUUAAAAUUUUUUUCUCUUGAUAUGAUCAUGAAGUUAAAAUUUUCUUCAUUAGGCAAUUUGGAGAACUAGUAGUCAUAAGAUUAGUUGAUAGUUUCACUCCCAAGCAAUGAAUUGCUUCUGUGUAUUUCCCUGUAGGACCCAAUAGUAAAUCCUCUCUGUCUUUUACAUUUAUAAGGACCCUACAAGACUACAGUGGUUUUGGGCAUACACUGCUAAACAGGAAGCCUAUGAAAAAAAAUCUUCUCUAAACUUGUUUUUUCUCUUUCCAAUAAGUUCACAUUUGGGUAAGUUUUAAAAGAAAGUAAUUAUCUUUGUGUUUCCAGAACACUAUAAUUUGGGUGACUAUUAAUUCAGUUAAAUAUUCGUAGUAGACUCAGAUUUUCCCCAUGACCCCAUCUGUCUAUAAAGGUUAAAACUGAAACUUUUGCAACUUCUAUGAAACAAUCUUUAAUAUUUCAGCAAUAAUCCUAUACUACAUUUGUUUUAAGAAACUAACUCUGCACACUUAAAAACUUUACAGGAUUUUUAAAAUUCUGUAUGGUUGGGCCAGUUAAAAAAGAUGCAAGAAAAAAAAUUUUUAGAGAUAUAAAAACAAACGCCUGUUGUAUAAUGGAGCUCAUAUUUUUCUUUAAAUUAGAAAAAUGGCAAAUGAACUAUACUCCUUAUAAAACUCAAUUCCCCUUUCUAUCUAAUAAUAAAGGAAGAUUAAAAAAGGUUUUAAAAAAUAUGAAUGGACAGAUAAAUGCUUUGAAGGAAUAAAUGAAAUAUUAAAACAGGGUCAAUCCAUUUGAAGAAAAAGUAGAACAAAAUAAUCACCAUUGUUCCCUCUUUUACUAAUGUUUGGGUACUGAUUAUAUCCACAUGGGGUAGAGAGUGAAGUUUGUUUAGGAACAUGUUAGCAUCUACUCUGCUUACAUUAUCGCUUAAUUGUUUACACAGUUUUGUUUAAUUAUAAACAUUUGGCCUUUUACUAUGUUGUCUUUAUUUUGUAUGAAUACAUUAUUCUCCUUAUUUAUUUUUGUUACAUUUAUUACUUAUUUUGUUAUGCAUUUACACAACUCCAUUUUUAAAUAAAGUGUUUCUGGAACUUUA